CAUUUUGUACGCGCGCCGAAUACGUGUACUUACGCAAGUCACGCAUGUGUGUCAUAGCAGCUGUUCACUUUUACGAAAGUUGGCCUAGAAACAGUCUUCAAAUAUGCCCUCGGCCGAUACAUCUAAACCUAUUAGCUGGGCAGACCAAGUAGAGGAAGGAGAUUUGAGGAGUAUUCCACCUCCUGAAGAAUUGUUUGAAGGAGAUUUCAAGAAGUUGAUCGAGUACAAACGAGAUGAAGAUGGCAAAUUGAUAAAGAUCACACGCACAUUUAAGAUUGAGAAGAGGAAAGCCUCCAAGUCAGUAGCUCAACGAAAGCAAUGGGCAAAGUAUGGAAACUCAGCAAGUGAUCCUCCUGGUCCUAAUCCAAGUACUACUGCUAUUGUACACGAUGAAGUCUUCAUGAACUUUGUGUCAAGCAAAGAUAUUGAGAAGCAGCAGACUCCAGAGGACCAACUAGAGAAGCUCAAAGCCAAGCGUAUCAUGGUAUGCCGUGUGUGCAAGGGGGAGCAUUGGACCACAAAGUGUCCCUACAAGGAAUCCUUGGAACCGCUUCAACAGCAGCUUCUUAACAGUGGAGGGGAUUCCACAGGUGCACAGGAUGGAGAGGCCGGUAAUACCGGUACGGAAGGCUCUAAAGUUGGAUCAGGAACCGGUUCGGUGGGUAAAUACAUUCCACCUGGUGCAAGGGACGGAGGAAAGAGGAGAGGAGAAUCCAUGGGAGGAAACAAAAGAGAUGAAGCUGCUACCAUAAGAGUGACAAACCUGUCAGAAGACACGCAAGAGAGUGAUCUACAGACCCUAUUUAAACCGUUUGGUGCUAUUCAGAGAAUCUUCUUGGCUCAAUGUAAAAUCACCGGACAGUCUAAGGGUUUUGCUUUCAUCAAUUACUUUUUCCGGGAGAGUGCAGCCAAAGCCAUUGAAUGUUUGUCAGGUUAUGGAUAUGACCAUUUAAUCUUGAAGGUAGAAUGGGCCAAGCCAUCUGGACACCAGCACUGAGGAUCAAGUUGAACUGGUCAUCAAUGAUAUCAAAUUUAAUUCACACAAUAUUCUACAAGCAUGUCAGACAUGGUCAUUAUUGAACUUCAUCAGGAUUGGUGCCCCCCCCCCCUCCAUGAUAUUCAGGUCAUGAAAAAAGAAAAAAGAAAAGUGAGGUCUGAAAAAAACUCUGAACCAUAUAAAUCUAUGUUAUCCCUGUUAUUCCAUUACAAAAAAAAUGUCCUCUUUGAGUCAUCUUGCCCAACCCACCCCCCCCCCCCACCCUCAAUCAAAACACUCUGGUGCCACCCCUGAUAAUCAUGCAUGUGAUUGAUAAUGUUAUUUUCAAACUGACUACAAAUGAUGAUUUAUUGCAGUUAUUUUAAAGGGUCUAGAGAAGAGAUUUACUGAAGAAACGUAAUACUCAUCUGUUAACCCUAACUAGGCCGGGCUUUUUUGGCUGUUCUGUGGCCGGGGGGGGGGGGUUGAUUCAACCCCCCCCCUGAGAUCUCGGCCGUCGAUCGCGCAAGCGCCGCAAAAAAUUUGCACGCUGGUAGUGUGCGAUGUAAUCUACAAGGCUGUAUGGUAAAAUUGUCCAAAAUAAUGAGAUUUUAUUUUAUAUGAAUUAAUUAUGCUAAUUUAUGCAUAAAUCAUACUUUUGGCUCUAAUUCACUAAAUAAAGCUCCUAGAAUGCUAAUUUUUGGUAAAAAUAUUCUUUGUCGCAUUCUUAACAAUGGCAAUUGAAAAAAACUUCGGUUUGGAAAUCAAUUUCUUAUGUAUUUUAUUGUUUUAUGAAUUUCUUAUGUAUUACUUUGUUUUUCAACCUUUUGUUUUUCUUUGUUUUUUUCACCAGAUUUAUUGUACAACCUUUUUGAAGCAUAAUUAUGCUAAAAUCAAUUGCUUUCAGCUGUUUAAAGUAAAAAUAAUCAUAUCUUUAUGAAUAAGAUGAGAAAACUCAAUUUGCAUUGACUUUGUACACAAAAUCACGUUUUGGAACAAUUUUUGGUCUGACAUGCACUUACAAAAUGUUGCGUAAUUUCGAAACCGCGUACCCGGGCGUCGUAAAUUUUGCCUCAAAAGAUGCGCGAGACUUAAAAAUAUAAACUCUGCGAGUGGCGCGGUCAAAAAAUUUUGUGCGGCGAAAUGAUCGCAGAAAAUGUUGAGGGGGGGUUGAUUCAACCCCCCCCCCAGCCAUUUUAGGGUUAAUGCAGCAAAAGAUAAUCUGAAUGUUUAAAACUAAAAGAAACCAAAAUUGCAGAAAAUUGAUGUCUUGAGGGAUAAAAGUGCUAAUAAUGCAUUUCUUAUGGUACUUUUUGUAUUGCUUUAGUAUAUUUCUUCUCAAUAUUCUAUUUAUCAUUGUCUUAUUCUCCUGGUAUCAUAUACUCUAUAAUGUUCUUUUAUUUAAUGUAAUUUAAACAAUAUCAAAUUAGUUUUCUUAUUCAUAUUUGUCACUGGAGUUCUUAACACAACUUGCUAGAAAAUUCAAUACUCCUUGUUUUUCAAGCAUUUCAAGCAGAAAAACAAACAAACAUCUAAAAACUGAAAUGCAAAUUUGGAAUCUUUGCUAUUGUACCAUUUCAUCAUCUAUGUAGGUGUGACCCUAAAUUAUUACUCUUAAAUAUGAUGACCUUUCUUUUUCAUGACAUUUAUUAUGUUAUGAAUUAUUUUAUUUAAAGAUAAAUGCCAGUUGUAACGAUUUCAAACUUGAGUUCUUACAGAAUCCAGUAAAAUUACCUACCAAGUGUCUGCGUGCAUAAAUAAAAAUGAUUUCUGGAAGGAAUUGUUUAAUUGCUGAGAAAUAAGCAAAUUAAGAAUGGGAUUCAUUCCAAUUUCUGGGUCUUUUCCCCAGCGAUGAUAAUACACUGUCCCACAUGUACUUAUCUGUGUUGGUGAUCUACAGUGUGAUCGUUUUUCAGUUUAGAUUCAUUUAUUUCAUUAAGUUCAGUUUAUGUACAACUGUACCGGGUCUAGAUCUACAAUGAUAUAGUGAUAAUUAAUCUUCAUUGUACAGACUUUCACAUGAAAUCAGUGUUUACUGCAGCUACUUUCAUUUAUCUUUAAGCAUUUCCUUUUGUUUAGCUAUGUUUAUGUUAGCGGGUUUUCAGAUUGUGAGGAUAAGAAGAAUAUCUCAGUCCACUGAUCAUGUUUAUCAAUGUAGAAGAGAAAGAAAGCUAUAUUACAUAGUUAUCUUUACCUUAUUCCUUGGGAUAUAUUCAAAGUGCAAAAUUUGAUUUAGAACUCCACCCUUGGAAUUGAUAAAACCUGAAGUAAAUCCUGAAUAAUGCUAGUGAUACACAAGCAAAAACUAAAAUCCAGGGUGUGUUUUACUUUUACAAAGAUUUAAGGAUGAAUUGCACUUAAAUUCCAAGUUGCAUGUAAUAUAAAAGACGUCAUUGCAUUGGUCAAAUUAUAUGCUAAGAGGACACACAUUACUGUAUAUUAUAGAUUGCAUGUUAAAUGUUGAGUGUGUCGGCAUUUAAUCAUGACUCUAAGGGGGUGUUGCAGGAAACUUGCGAUCAAUUGCAGGUCUAUUUUCAGUCCCUAAAUCAAUCACAUGUCUUGCAAUUAAUCAUAAGGAGUGUAAUCUUAUUUGCUACAGCUGAAAUUGAUAUAUUGAUUGUAAAAUUGCAACAGAAUGUUUGCAAUUGGUCGCAAAUAUUUUCUUGCAACACCCCCUAAGUCACACUUACUCUUUUUAAAGGUAAAUUGCCACUUCGUCUACUGCCAACUCGUCCACUGACCACAUCGUCUACUUUCAUUUAGUCUAAUGCCAUUCUGUCUAUCAACAUUCUGUUUAACAACAAUUUGGUCCAAUCAUCACUUCGUCCAAUCACUAUUUCCUCUUUGACCAUUUUGUCUCAUAACCAGUUGGUCUAAUAUCCAUUUCAUUUUCAUUCAUUUUGCACAAUUUAACACUUAAGUCCAAUUAGACCAAAUGGUAUUUGAACUAAAUGGCAAUUGGACUAACUGGUUAUUAGACAGAAUGGCAUGAGACUUGAUGAAAGUAGACCAUGCGGUGAGUGGACAAACUGAUGGUAGACCAAAUGAUAGUAGACGAGUUGGCAAUUGGACGAAUUGGCAUUAGACGAAUUGGAAAUAAUCCUUUUGAAACACCCCCAUACCAGUGAAAGCUAUUGUGUUAUGAGCAAUGACACACCAAUUAGUUGGUCUGGAGUAAUGUUCCUUGAUAUGACUGUUGUUUCAGUGAAACCGGCUGGCUACUUGCUAUCCCAUUUAAGUACAUUUUUCAUCUUUAACUUCAGCCAUUUUGGCUGUGAGUUUAUUGGUCAGUACAAGCCACACGAAUGCUCAAAGGUGGUUUUGAAAAUUACGCUCAAUUCAGCGUGUAUGUUGAGAAAACGUCAAAUAGUGAAUGCACGCAUUUGCUGUGUGAUGCUAAAUUGAUGCUUGUCAAUAAGGUUACUUUAUCAAUGAGCCCAGUGUUACUAGAAUGGACUCCCUACAUUGAGUACAACUCAUAACAGUGGGCUCAAUAACCUUUAAUUGUGGGGAUGGUUAAUAAAAACCCCCUCCCCAGUAAAGAUCUGGUUUGAAGAAGCCCUGUUAAAAUAAGAUCAAUGCUAAUUAAUUAUACCUGCUGAGUAAAAAUUAUGCAUUCUAUAUUGAAUGCUCUCUCAUCAUAUGUGCUGAAUUGAGCCUAAUCAAUGCAUGAAGUCUGUAAACCAUGGUUUGAAAACCACCUUUGUGAAUAUGGGCCUUUAUCUCUAUCAAAGAAUUAUACCACACAUGUUUAAUACCAUUGUACGAAAAGUAAAAUUGUGCAUAAAUUAUAGCUCUUUGGAAAAUCAA